ACCCCACCUCUACGUCCCCUCUCCGGGUCGAGUGCGACCCCAUCCCAGAGCCUAACCUCACCCCGAGGGGAAGGGAACUAGGACUUGUCCUUCGAGGUUGGAUGAAGAAGGAGUCAACAUUUCUCUCACUGCCUGAAGGACCUCUGGCCCCGAGAGCCGGGGCGUCGGUCACUUCCGCCCCUGGCAUCCGGAAGCGGAAGUGCGCGGCUGCGGCGGCCGCCGCGGGUGUGCUGGGCUGCGCGGCGCGCUGCGGUGGGAGUGUCUCCGGCCGGAGUGCAGGGAGGACCCCUCAUGAGCCCUUAAAUCCUGGCGCUGGUGUCAUGGAGUCUGUCACCUUUGAGGAUGUGGCGCUGGGGCUCAUCCAGGCCUGGGCUUUCCUGGAUGGUGCACGGAGGAACCUGUGUCGAUCUGUGAUGCUGGACAAGUGCCUGACGCUGGCCCCCAGGGAUUGGGACUCUCCACUUAAACCCAAAGCGUCUCGCCCUGUGCAGGAUGUGGUGGAGGGAAAUUCACCCCCGGGUCUGCAGAUGGGGCCAUGGCCGGACCUGAGGAUGCACAUCAGGCCCACCGUUGGAGACAGAGAGACACCUUUGAUUCCGGAGGACCAGCCACCUCUCCCGGUGUCACCUUGGUCUCCCGGAUGUGCAGCGCUGGAGGAGGCCGUGCAGAUUCAGAGGGCUGGCAUGCGGGCUCCUGCGCUGAGUCUCCCUGAGCUGAGGAUGGCCGUGGCUUCUGCUCUGCCUGCCCGGGACCCCGCCUGGGUGCAGACGGGGAGCACAGAGGAGGAGUGUGUGGCUCCUGGGAUACUGGGCAGCUAUCCGCAGGAGCCAGUCACCUUUGAGGAUGUGGCUGUGUUGUUCACCCCAGAAGAAUGGAUGUUUCUGGAUUCUGCCCAGAGAAGGCUGUACAGAGAUGUGAUGCUGGAGAACUAUAGGAACCUGGCCUCCGUGGCAGGCGGUCAGCUAGGCGCUGCCAGUUCGUUUUCCUGCUGGGAGCAAGAAGAGCGGUGGCCCACGGAGAGAAGAGUCUUCCCGGGAGCCUGUCCAGGUGAGCGGCACUCGGGCCAGGCGAGCGCCAGUGCUGAUCCCAAGAUGAGCGUUAGGUCUGCCCAUCGGUCAGGAGGGCAGCCACUCAGUGGCCUUGACAGAGCCGCUCUGCUGGAUUCCACCACC